UUCAUCGGGGGCACCCCCGGCAAGCUCCGCCGGCGCUCCACCACCUCGCGGGCCAAGCUGGCCUUCAAGCGGGGCGCCCGGCUCACCUCCACCGGACUGACAUUCAUGGAUAGGGCAGGAUCCUUGUACUGGCCUAUGUCCCCCUUCCUCUCCCUGCACCACCCCCGGGCCAGCAGCACUUUGAGUUACAAUGGGACCACGUCCGCCUACCCCAGCCACCCCAUGCCCUACAGCUCAGUGUUGACUCAAAACUCCUUGGGAAACAACCACUCCUUUUCCACGUCUAAUGGGUUAAGUGUUGAUAGACUAGUCAAUGGAGAGAUACCUUAUGCCACUCAUCACCUCACAGCAGCAGCUCUGGCCGCCUCAGUGCCGUGUGGCUUGUCAGUUCCCUGCUCCGGCACCUAUUCCCUAAACCCCUGCUCUGUAAACCUCCUAGCAGGACAGACGAGUUACUUUUUCCCCCACGUUCCUCACCCUUCAAUGACUUCUCAAAGCAGCACUUCAAUGACGGCCAGGGCAGCCUCCUCCUCCACGUCGCCACAGGCGCCCUCCACUCUCCCCUGUGAGUCCUUAAGACCUUCUUUGCCAAGUUUUACAACGGGACUUUCCGGAGGACUUUCUGAUUAUUUCACACAUCAAAAUCAGGGGUCUUCUUCAAACCCUUUAAUACAUUAA